GCGAGCUGGGCUUGUGCUUUGCUCCUCCCCUCCUUUAGGGACUUGGUCGCGUCAGCUGCCGCGCUGACGUGGCUCCCGGAAGCGGGGCUGGCGCGGGGUCGUGAUGUUGCAGCAGGACAGCAAUGAUGACACCGAGGACGUUUCCCUGUUUGAUGCGGAAGAGGAGACCACUAACAGACCAAAAAAGUCCAAAAUCAGACAUCCAGUGGCGUCAUUUUUCCACUUGUUCUUCCGAGUCAGCGCCAUCGUGGUCUAUCUGCUCUGCGAAUUGUUCAGCAGCAGCUUCAUUGCCUGUAUGGUGACAAUUAUCUUGCUGUUGUCAUGUGACUUUUGGGCAGUCAAGGACUCUGUGCUACCGAUCUUUCUGGAAUGUGGCUCUCAUUCCCAAAUCACCUUACCGCCCGGAUCCCUAACCUUUUUUGUGCCGUGGACCCCUUUUACAGUCGAGGUUAAUGUCACAGGUAGACUCAUGGUUGGACUGCGUUGGUGGAAUCAUAUAGAUGAAGAUGGAAAAAGCCAUUGGGUGUUUGAGUCCAGGAAGGCAUCCGCUCAAGAGAGUAAAACUGUUUCCGAGGCCGAAUCAAGAAUCUUCUGGCUAGGACUCAUCGCCUGUCCGGUGCUGUGGGUGAUAUUUGCCUUCAGCGCGCUCUUCUCCUUCAGAGUGAAGUGGUUGGCGGUGGUCAUCAUGGGCGUGGCGCUCCAGGGGGCCAACCUGUACGGCUACAUCAGGUGCAAAGUGGGCAGCAGGAAGAACUUAACCAACAUGGCCACGUCGUACCUCGGAAAGCAGCUGUUGCGACAGGACACCGGAGAUGACCAGACUUCCUGACGGGACAGGGAGAAAGCUCACGUGUCCUGUUAGCGCUGUUAUGCCGAAGAGAUGACUCUGGACUCUGGACCUUUUGGAACUCAGUACAUGUUGCAAAGACGAAUAUUGGUUUGUUUUUCCAGUUUAUUAACCUUUAGUUUUAAAAAAUUGGAAAGGUCGUUUUCACAGUAAGGUUUUACUGUCUCUCCAGCACCUGGGGCUCGAAGCAUGGGGUUGGCAGAGACACUGUCCACACCGGUCCCUGGUUCACGUAGGUGAUGUCCGUAUGUCCCAGGUUACUGACGGUGUCUUGGCAGGCAUAUGAGUGGAGACCUUUGCUAUUUGACCCACAGAAUAUGGAAGAUGUUCUCAGUCUCUCAGAACUCUAGGUGUGUACGUAUUUGUUCUAUAGAUUAUCGUCAGAAGAAAGAUUGUCUUGCUUUCGUGGUGAGAGUGAGCACUUUGGCCUAUGCAGAAGUUAGAAUAAUUGUUAAUUUUACAACUUAAUAUACACUUUGUGAUGAAACUUCUUACCUUAGGACACCCAGGCAGGUAAAAACCAAAUUUGGGCCAGUGGUUAACUAGUUUGUAAAUUUUGUUAAUUUUUAUCUGUAACAAGUCAUGUAGUUAACAAGUCAUGUAGUUGAGGCCCAAUGAAUAUAAAUGGAAUUUUCCUAGUUUAUGGUUAGGGGCUCCCUUAGAGAUUGCUGCUGUUCUAUUUAUAUUUUGGAAGGGUUCAUCAGAUCUUGGGAACUUCCCGAUGGUCCUUGGCCUAAUGAAACCUAUCUUUUAUCACUGAAAGAAUAUUAUUCUUAUGUCAUAGUGAGAAUAAUCAUUUAAAUACUUGGCAUAAUAAAUGCCCAGAAGACAUUUAAUCUCAAGAAUCUAUUUUUUUUCCUUGCUAUAAUGGGGACAUCGGAAAUCAUGCGUUUGUAGUAAUGGUAUUUCUUAAAGCAAUAUACGUAACAAUGUCCAAGCUGUCGUAGGAGUCUCUAAAUUUUGUUGCAGGUUCUGUAAACUUUGUUGGGGUCUUUUAACCAGCAGAUUAUUUUGUGACUGUAUUUAUACAUUGUUGAAAUUUUUCAAAAGAUAUUUAAUUGAAUAAGUCUCUUUGUUGGAGUGAUAGCUUUAAGACGUGUAACUUUAUAUUUGUAUAAAACUCUACUGUUUACAAAGCA